AAGGCAGCAGGUGAUGUGAAAGACCUCUGUUUGAGACCCUGGAGAGCUCCUGCCAGCCUAUGUAGAAGUGCGGACCUUAAUGGACCAAUGGUCUGCCUAGCAGCUUCCUGAGUGUUCAUAUGUCUGUAGUCUGAAGCAGAAGAUUUGGAGGUGUUCAACUUCUCACUAAAAGCAAGUUGCUCUGUGCUAAGCCUGGGAUCAGCUCAUCAGCAAGCAGUUCUCCUGGAGGGCUACUCUGAAAAGCAUGCAAGAGGGUGUGGUAUGUUAUGGCCCACUGCCUCAAUCACUCCGCCUUUAACGCAUUUCCUGUUCAGGUUCUACCUUCAAAUUAAAUUUCCUGAGCUGUAAAGGACUGCUCCACGCACAGAUGUAACCUCCUCAGAUGUGAAAAAAAAAUCAAGAUCUUCAUCAAAAAAUAAACCUCAAGCAUUCCUUAUGGCUAAAGAAAUGAUUGAGAUGACCACUGUGUUUGCCUACGAUGAAUCCGCCAUUGCAUGUGACCAAGUGGACAUCUACAUGCUUGGGAAAACCUAUGUACCAUUACUUUAUGGGCUUGUGUUUAUGAUUGGGCUGGCGGGAAAUCUCCUGGUGGUUUUUAUCAUUGUGAAAGGUGGGCAGCAAAAGAGCAUCACAGACAUAUUUCUCUUGAACUUAGCCAUCUCUGAUCUUCUCUUUGUGAUUUCUCUGCCAUUUUGGGGUUAUUAUGUGGUACAUGGAUGGACCCUUGGGAACCUUUCCUGCCGAAUAGUUUCCUCUUUCUAUUCUAUAGGUUUCUUUGGAGGCAUGUUUUUUAUUACCAUCAUAAGCAUUGAUCGGUAUCUGGCGAUUGUCCAUGCAACCAUCUUCAUGAAAGCCAGGACAACCAGGCAGGGAUUCCUCACAAGCCUUGUGGUAUGGGUGCUGGCAAUUUUGUGUGCAGCUCCCCAGUUUGUAUUCAUACAGAAGGCAGGGAGUAGAUGCGUCUCUCAGUAUCCUGAAUAUCUGGAGGAUACCUGGCCCGUUUUCUGCAAUUUUGAAAUCAACAUCAUAGGGUUUCUUCUCCCAAUGUGCAUUAUGAGCAUCUGCUACUUCAGGAUCCUUAGAACCUUGUUUACCUGCAAAAACCGCAGGAAAAGAAAGGCCGUGAGGCUGAUUUUACAGGUGGUGCUUGUGUUUUUCCUAUUUUGGACCCCACACCAGGUAUUGGUUCUUCUGCAAACAUUAAAACUUUACAAUGUCUUUGAGAGCUGCAACGUCUUAAGACUUCUGUAUUAUACUAUGUUUGUGACGGAAACCCUGGCCUUUAGUCACUGUUGCCUUAACCCAAUCAUCUAUGCCUUUGCUGGUGAAAAAUUUAAAAAGUACCUUUCUUACUUGGUUCUCAAAAGCCUCUCAUUCAUUUGUUUCUGUGGGCCUUGUGGCCACUACCAUGGCAGAGCUCCUGCUUCCCUUACAGAGACUGUCCCGACCAGCAAUCAGACCCAGAACACCAGUGACCAAGAUGGCUCGGUCUUGCUCUGACUACUGCAGAAUAUUUGAUGUCUUGAGCUCAUACAUACCACAUCUGUUGCUUUCUUGCUUUUGACAAAGCAUCAACAUCUGUACAUCACCUAUAACCUACCACUUAUUCUCUUCAAAGACAGAAAUUUGUCUCCCAUGAA